GUCAAACAAACAGGGCGUGAAUUUUUUUGUCGCUGUGUGGCAGCUUUCUGACUAAAUUAAUAUAAAAUAAACAAAAAAAUGUCCUCCAAGCCUCUGCUUUAUUCAAACUGGAGAAGCUCUGCAACUUGGAGAGUUCGCACAGUGCUAAACCUGAAGGGCAUCGAGUAUGACCUGAAGCCGAUUGACCUUUUCAAAAAUGACAUUCCUGAAAACUUGACUGAGGAAUAUCGAGCUAUCAAUCCGAUGCAGUUUGUGCCUGCUCUUGUCAUUGACGGGCAUACGCUGAUUGAGUCUCUGGCUAUAAUCGAGUAUCUGGAUGAGAAGUUUCCUCAGACUCCUUUGUUACCGAAAGAUUUGUUUGCAAAGAGCCGCGUCAGGUCGAUCUGCAGUUUGAUAGCAGCCGGCAUUCAGCCUCUCCAAAAUAUUGGCGUUCUGAAGCAAGUUGGGAGCGAGAGAAAGGUCGAGUGGGCCAGGCAGUGGAUCAGCAAAGGCUUCAAAGCUGUUGAAAAAUUGCUGGAAUCAACAUCUGGCAAAUAUUGCGUUGGAGACGAAAUCACCAUAGCUGACUGUUGCCUCCUUCCUCAAGUUUUCAACGCUAGAGGGUAUGAAAUCGAUUUGAGCGUGUACCCAAAUAUCUCCAGAAUCGAGAAUGAAUUGAAAAAUCACCCAGCCUUUCUGGCAGCUCACCCGCACAACCAGCCUGAUUGUCCAUUGAAAGAAAAUGAAAAGGGCAAGCCAUUUUCGAUUUAGGCUAAAUAACCUUAUGUGAAAGAUAAUCAUCGAUUAGGAGUUGAUUGGAAAAGUAAAAAAUUAUGGUUAAUUUUUAAUUUUUUCAGAUUGUGUUAAAUAGAAAACAAAUACAUAUACAUUUUCACAAAUAUUACAGCAUAUAUAUGAUCAGUUUUAAAUUGUCGUUUUUAAUAAUGAUAUUUUUGCAAAAAUGCAAAUUUGUGUUUGCUUCUAAUAAAUAGCAAACAAUGCUAUAUUUUUAAAUGAGGCAACUAUUUCAAGAAAUAAA